AUGGCCGAGCCGGCGCAAGCUGCCGAGAGCGCCUCGGCCUCGAGCAUCAAGCAGGAGCCCGAUCCCAUCGACCUGGACGGUCUCGACUUCACCGACCUGUCUCGCGAGCUUGCGUCCAAACGGCCGUUCGAGCAAGUAGACCAAGGCCCGAGCCAAACCCCAGAGGCCAAGAGGGCCAAGACGGAGAUCCACGACGACGAGGAGUUGCUCGAGAAUGGGCUGGCUCUCCUCGUCCAGAAUGCGCUCUCCAACGUGGGCGACCUGGUGGAUCACUUCAGCGCAGAAUCCGACGAGCCGCCAACAGCCACGACAGAGCCCAUGGACAUUGACGCCGCCCCCGCUCCCCCCGAACCGCGACGAGCUCGCCCGUCCUUUUCUGCAGACCCCCAAGCGUACGUUCGCGAUAUGAACAUCAAUGCGCUGGGCUGCAUGGCGCUGUCAUUGCUGCACAUACUGGUGCAGCAGCCCCUCGACGACACCAUGGGCUUCAUCAAGGACGCCGAGUCCGACCACGGUCGCUCAUACCGACAACUGAGACACUCAUUCGAACAACUCCGCCUUCUCUACACUCCAAAGCCCGCCCUAUCCGCCAAGGAGCUGGGCAUGGACCAAGACGAGUUGCGGACCUGGAUCGAGCUGGCCAACCUCGCCCAGCUCGGCUCUUGGCUAGCCGAUGGCAGCCCUGGCUCGCUCUCCGAAGCCGACGAACACUUCCUGGCCAUGUUCAGCUGCCAGGUUUCCGAUCUGCCGCCCGGCAUGACGGAGCUGUACCUCGGCAUCAUGACGCAAAGAGCCGUCGAGUCGCUCGUGGUUAAGGGGCCUGAGAAACCGUCGGAAGAGGUUCUCGGAGAGGUUCUGCUGUCGGGGCUCGAGGACAGGCUACGUGGGCAGCACGGGGGCGACGAGCUGACCUCUGCCGACCAGACCUUUGUCUCCACGGUGCAGUCCCGAAAGGAAACCCUGCAGGGCGAAGCAGAAGAGCAAAUGGAGCCGACUACGCUACGAGAGAAGCACCCUACAGAGCACUUAUUACGGACCUUUGUGUCCUGCGUCCGGUCGCGGCUUCGGUCCGAGUCUGAGUUGUGCAGUAGAUUUGGCAUCUCCAUCGAGCUCGGCGACGACGAACCGACGAUAGUGCAAGAGGCGACGGACCCGGUCGACGACGUCGAGAUCGACUUUGACGAGCUAUCCUCCUUCUUUGAAAAAACGGCGUCGGGCCUGGUCCAGAACGCCCUGGCCGGCCUGACCGAGGACGCCGGCAGCGCAUCAACACCAAUGGAAGAGAGCGGCGAACCGUCGACGGAAACAAUAGAUGGCGAGCCCAAGGCGGAUACAGCUCCUGCUCUAACCAAUGGCAAAAUCGACCUCAUGACCGACUACAAGGAGCUGGAGGCGCUGGUUGCCGAAAGCACCUCCAACUACGUCAAGACGACCCUCCACGGGCUCUCGCCGAUUCCGUACCAGCCGACAGUGCCCCAGACCACAACCGAGAGCAUGGCGGCUCAAACGCCAUACCUGCAGCAACUACAACAGCACCAGGCACAGCAUCCCUACUACGCAACCUGCUCACAGCCCGUGCCGGAACCGCAGAUGCCGUCGCCGUCGCCGGGCGAGCAUCUGCCACCGAAUCAAACCUUCCCCAGCGCCAUUCUCUAUGACAAGGCCCGACAGGCGGCCCUGUGCAAGUCGUCAGCGCACACGAGGCGCGAGGGCGUCCACUCGACGCGCCGGCCGUGGACGCAGGAGGAGGAAAAGGCGCUCAUGGCAGGGCUGGACAUGGUCAAGGGCCCGCACUGGAGUCAGAUUCUGACCCUUUUUGGACACAACGGCACGAUUUCGGACAUCCUCAAGGACCGGACGCAGGUGCAGCUCAAGGACAAGGCCCGCAACCUCAAGCUCUUCUUCCUCAAGACCAACUCGGAGAUGCCCUACUAUCUGCAGGCCGUCACGGGCGAGCUCAAGACCAGGGCCCCGACGCAGGCGGCCCGCAAGGAGGCCGAGGAGCGGGCCAAGCUCACCUCGGACGAGGAGCAGGCGAAGCUGCAGGGCAUCAUGGCGCUGGCAGGCGGGCUGCAGCAUCCGCCCCAGACGAGAGUGGCGCCGGCGCCGACGGCGACGGCUUCGACGACGAAUACGGCUGCUCCCGCGAAGGCGCCGGCGGCAGCGUCUGGCGUUGGAAGUCCGGCACAGGCGGCGGGCAACAUCGGCGGCGCCUCUACUGCACCAGUGCAAGGCGUCAUGUUCAAGCCGCCCGCGGGCAACACGGCGACCCAGGCAGCAGCCCAGAGACCUGCCUUGGCCACGUCAACAGCCGGCACCCAUCACGCAGGCAGGCCGUCAGGGGUGCAGGCGACGACGCAGCAGGUUCUCCAGGCCAUGCCCCAGGCGCCUCUGAGGCCGCAGUCUCAGCUGCCGCGGCCGCAGACGCAGCAGGGGAAUCCGUCUCAGUCACAGGUCCAAACGCAGCCGCAGACGCAGAAGCACAACACUCCCGCCACUGCACCUCCUUCUCUUCAGCCGACGCAGAGACCACUGGCUCAGGCUUCGCCGACGGUUCAUGGGCAUCCUGCCCCUGCCCCUUCCCCUGCUUCGACUUCGGCUCCUCCUCCGGCUCCGAUUCCCGUCCCGGGCCAUCCACCUCUAAAGACAUCGCCGCCGCCGCCGCCGCCAUCACAAGAACAACUUCCACCUCAACAAAAGCAGCCGCCCGAACCUGCCCCCGCUCCUCCUGCGGCGCAGCGGGCCCAACCGGUCAAAUCAGCGUCGCCAACACUGACGCCGCCACCGCCCACCCGAGCGAUGCCACCAGAACCGCCAAACGAGACACAACACGACGACAGCGCGGCAGAGGCAGCCCUGCUUGAGGGUCUACAAGCCGUCGUGGCACAGAGCCUGGCAUGA